CAAGAGGCCACACACACCAAGAUGAACGGCACUGAGGGUAAAGACUUCUAUGUCCCCAUGUCCAACCGGACGGGGUUGGUGAGGAGCCCAUUCGAAUACCCCCAGUACUACCUGGGAGACCCAUGGCAGUUCAAGAUGCUGGCAGCCUACAUGUUCUUUCUCAUCUGCUUUGGCUUCCCCAUCAAUGGCCUGACACUGGUGGUAACUGCUCAGCACAAGAAGCUCCGACAACCUCUCAACUUCAUCCUUGUCAACUUGGCUGUGGCUGGCUUGAUCAUGGUCAUCUUUGGAUUCACAAUUUGCUUCUACACUUCACUAAUGGGUUACUUCGUCUUUGGGACCAUGGGCUGUGCCAUUGAGGGCUUCAUGUCAACUCUAGGAGGUCAGGUGUCUCUCUGGUCCCUGGUGGUGCUGGCCAUUGAGAGAUACAUAGUGGUCUGCAAACCCAUGGGCAGCUUCAAAUUCACCUCCAACCAUGCUAUGGUUGGCAUUGUAUUCACCUGGAUAAUGGCUAUGUCGUGUGCUGUCCCACCCCUGGUUGGCUGGUCCCGGUACAUCCCUGAGGGCUUGCAAUGCUCCUGUGGGCCUGAUUACUACACCCUCAACCCAGACUACAACAAUGAGUCCUUUGUGAUGUACAUGUUCAGCUGCCACUUCUGUGUGCCCGUCUUCCUCAUUUUCUUCACAUACGGCAGCCUGAUUUGCACAGUCAAGGCGGCUGCUGCCACCCAGCAGGACUCUGCCUCCACCCAGAAAGCAGAGAAGGAAGUGACACGCAUGGUCAUCUUGAUGGUGCUGGGUUUCCUGUUUGCCUGGACCCCUUAUGCUAGCUAUGCUGGCUACAUCUUCUUUAACAAGGGUGUAGCAUUCACUGCCCAGAGCAUGACUGUACCAGCCUUCUUCUCCAAGACCUCAGCCUUGUUCAACCCCAUCAUCUAUGUGCUGCUAAACAAACAGUUCCGUAACUGCAUGCUGACUACUCUCUUCUGUGGCAAGAACCCAAUGGGUGAUGAUGAGUCUUCAUCUGUAUCUACAAGUAGCAAGACAGAGGUUUCUUCAGUUUCUCCAGCAUAGAAACCUCCCUGUCUCCACCCUCACUCAGCUCUCCAAGUUCUCACCCUCAACCUAUUUUACAAACUUUUUCAAAGAAACUUAUAUUUCAAUGAUUCAAUGGAUAUAUAUAUGUUUUUCUAAAUGUAUAAAUAUUGAUUUGACUUUGAAAUUAAGUGUUGAUAUAUUCAAGAGCUAUGACAUCCCAUCUCUCAAACAUUACGUAACCCUUUUACCCUGAACCUUGUUGAUCUUGCAUUCACUUUCUAUUAGCAUAACGGGACUUUGUGACAAAAGGAACAAUGUUUUCUAAGGAACAAAGCAAAAAUGUUCCUUUUUUUACUUUUUUGUUGUUUGCCAUCAUGGGAAGCAACGUCAUUCCAGUUCACAGACAUCUUCCAUGGGUUUGUUGCCUUGCAUAUAGUGAAUGCAGGACAUCAAGCUGAGCCGUUGUACUGUGAUUCUUGCGGUAUCCACUGCUGACACCCCUCCCCCUUUCUAAGCAGUCCCUUUAAGACUGCAUCAGCUCUUGGUCCAGGAUGCAAAGCUACAUUAGUGCAGAUCCUUUCAAGCAGAUGGGCAGUGAAUAUCUUCACCUGCACUAAACAGUAAAGAAGUAAGUGAGCAGCACAGGACCGAAAUUAGAGUUAUUGCUCCAUUGGAAUCUACUUCUUGGUAGUUAAAACUCCAAGAUUGAGAAAGAAAACAGAGAGGUAAGGCAAACCCAGCAUAGGAGAUACACAAGACAGCCUCUUAGCUGUUCUCCAUGAAGCGAGGUGAAUUUGAAGAUCCAGAACUAGUCUUGAAAGGUCCACUGUUCCUUUGAAUACUCUGUAAAGAAUCGGUGGACCUGCCCUCAUCAAGGGAGACUGCCAGGUCCACAAGCUUGACUCAGAGGACUGCGCUAAUGUUUUGGUUGGUUUUGAUGAAGUAUGUGAUUUUAUUUUUGUGUCAUUAUGCGGCUAUCAGUUCUUUUGCUGGCCUGAUCAUGUCAUCGAUUGCUGUACAUAUUUUAUAAAUGAAUAUAAAAAUAGUGCUAGACUAA